CUGCAACACGGUUUCCGUUUGUGGGAAAAGUUUUCGAUUGUUUCAUGUUCCCAAAAUUUUCCCACUCGAUCACAAUGAAAGCUGAAGUACGCGUAGCGAAAGAUUACACGCGAUUAACAUCUAUCGGUCACAGAUAAAAACGCGUUUAACUUUAUAUGGACGAAAGCGCACGAAACUGAAGACCGUUUCCUUGGAAAAGAAGAAAGCAUUACUGAAAUCGGAAGUCAUAAGCAUUGCCAAAAAGGGCUUGGCUGAAGUUAAGAAAGGCAGAUGACAGUCAAACAUCAAUCUGUUUUUAUUGUUUCAAGCAGAUCGAAUUUUGUGACAAAUUUGGAAUUAUCUAAGAGUUUGAGAAACUGAAAAUGGCACGUGGAUGCCUGUGUUGUGUCAAAUACAUGAUGUUCCUGUUCAACCUGCUGUUCUGGUUGUCGGGCUGUGGGUUGCUAGGUGUGGGUAUCUGGCUGUCCGUUUCCCAGGGCAGUUUCGCCACAUUCUCUCCAUCCUUCCCAUCACUCUCCGCUGCAAAUCUGGUCAUUACCCUGGGCUCGGUCGUCAUGGUAACGGGCUUCCUGGGUUGCCUGGGUGCCAUCAAAGAGAACAAAUGCUUGUUGCUGAGCUUCUUUAUUGUCCUGUUGAUCAUUUUGCUGGCAGAGUUGAUUCUGCUCAUCCUUUUCUUUGUGUACACGGAUAAGGUGAGUGAGAACGCUAAACAAGAUCUAAAAGAAGGCCUGAGGCUCUACAACACGGACAACAACAUCGGCCUCCGCAAUGCUUGGAACAUUAUACAGGCCGAGUGGCAGUGUUGUGGUGUUACUGGACACACAGACUGGCACGAUGCCCUGCAGGAGAAAACAGUACCUGACAGAUGCUGCCAGGAACACUACAGAGAAUGUGGACGCAAUUCCACCAAUGUCUUUUGGUCUCAAGGCUGUUAUGAGAAGGUUGAGGAAUGGCUGAACGACAACAAACAUUUGCUGGGAACUAUCGCUAUGUGUGUGCUGGUCCUGCAGCUACUUGGAAUGGCCUUUUCCAUGACUUUAUACCAGCAGAUUCACAGAGCAGGAAAGAAGUACGAUGCCUAGAAAGAAUCCAGUGUUACCCUACAAAACUUGAAAACUCCUGUGUUAUUUCACGCCCGGUUUGAUGCCAUCACACACUUUAAUGCAGCGAAAAGAAACAUUAAAGCCUUUCAGAAUUAAUUAUAUAGUGCUGACUGUAGAUAUUUUUUCACGACUGCUGACUGGCUGGUAUUUUUUAUUUUUUUGCAUGAAAUAUAACAAGGGGAAACAAUUAUGGAUGCCUGUGCUUGUUGGGCCACAUAGUUUUUGUCAAUAUCUUUUUCAGCCUGGAAAUGGUUCACCCAGGUCACGUAAGAUUGUCGAUAUGAGAAACACUGCACGCAAAAAGGAUAUGGUCCCUAAUUUUCCUCCUGGACGCUUAUGUAAACAGACACAGUUCCCUUUGCUGAUGUAAUAUAUCAACAGCAUGCUGUAUAUAUUUCAUAUUCACAUAAACCUAAUGUAAAACUGGGAUUGUAAUGUAAAAAAGGGAUUGUUUUAUUUUGGGUUGCGUGUUGUCGGGAAGAAUUGGGGUCAUGGUGUCAUCCCACAAUAUACAAAAAUGUUCGUAUUUUUUGUCACAAAACAAUAUAUGUAAAAAGAGCUAUCAUGUUUCCAUUUUUUUUUUUGCAAUCUUUUUAGCAUUAAAUAUAGUUCCAAAUGAUCUUUUUUUUUUAAACUCCCAUCUCAUUUUUCUCAGCUUAGGUUAAAAGUGGCACUGAUUACCCCACUCUCCCCUACUUACAUUUACUAUGACCCUGAGUGUCACGGUAGGAUAAGUCCAUCGUGACUUUCUGUGUUGUGUUUGUUUGGAUGACUGAAGUGUGCAUGUGCGUGUCUGAUCACUAAUGAUCUGAGUGAGUGCAGGUGUGCGUGAUUGCUUUACUCCAGCUGGCGGUGGUUACCCAGAUGGCAUAUAUACUCACUCAUUCCCUCCUCUCAC